AUGGUGGGGGAUGCUCAGGGUAUGUUAUGUAGCAUGACACGGCGAGCCCGAACGAGCGGGCGUUCUUGCAUGGGCAGCACAGUGGGUGCCCCCCCCCAGCCGUUGUUCUCCGGCCUGUUGAAGAGGUUGAGGAUGAAUGAUCCGAGAUUUGGUGGCGUCGGCUACGAUGUCAUUGACGUGCGCGUGCUCACCGCGGCAGGGGACUCGGUGGAUGCAUGCUUCAUGCUUGAUACGGGUGUCACUACGAAUCUGGUAACCUCCGCCCUUUUUGAUCGUCUUGGUGUGCCAAUCGAAGCUGGACAAGUCGAUGGCGCUGCACUUGUUGGCUCGUUGGAGGGACUAUCGGCAACCAAGCUUCCUGGUUUCGAGCUAGCAGGACCUGCAAACACCAGCACACACCGCUGGAUUUGUCUCCGCGAAGAUGCAAACGGUUCGCGCGCUUGGGGCUUCGUUGAUUGGGAUUCACUCUUGGCCGAGGCCAGAAGUGCAAAUGGCCGCGUUGUCUGCGGCAAGCUCGAAUGGAUAGUUUGCGCCGUAUCUGCAGGUGAAAUGCUGGAAGACUCUGUGGGACGACGCUUCGUAGAGCACAUCGAGGGUGAGAUGGCCGCCAGUGGUUCACACUUCAAGGGAAAGGGCACAUCCAUUGACCAAGGGUGCCCGAUCGCCAUCACCGAUGCGUUCGAUUUUCACUUGGAGGGUGACGUGCUCGUCGAUCGUGCCAGUGGCUUGCGGUUCCGGCAGUCUCUCCCGCUCCCGGGCCCCAUCCCAGCCACCUUGGCGCCGACCUUCAUGCAGGAGGAGAUGGCCGACUUCCAGGGCAUCCGCCUGGGCGGCAUACUCGGGCAGCUGCCCCUGCACAGGGCGUUCGCCAUCGAGGUCGACCCCGUCGCCGGCAGGUACGCCGUGCACCUCCCCGAGUCCGCGGGCUCGCUCGCGGCCGCCGGCGGGCUGCAGCGGCUGCCGGGGGUGCGGCUCGGCAGCGGCCUGUUCGGCCUGCUGCUCGUGCACGCGCCGCUGUGCCCCUCGGCGGGCGGGGCGUCGGCGCCCAGCGCGGUGCCCGCCAUCGUGGACAGCGGGUCGUCGAUCACGAUCUUCAACUGGCCAGCGGCGGAGGCGCUGCUCGGGAUCCGCCGUGGGGACCGCGUCGUGGCCGAGGCGCCGCGCGUGAGGGCGGUGGGCGUGGGGGGCGGGCAGUCCGAGAUGCCCGUCGUUGUGGUGUCCGUCGGGCUGGUGGGCGUGGCGGAGAGGGAGGGCGACCCGGUCCUCCUGCGCCUCCCCCCGUCCCGUGCGCGUUGCGAUCGGGGACGCCGCCAUCUUCAGGGAGCUCGUCGGGGAGCAGCAGGGCGGCUCGCUUGUCCCAGCGGCACUGAUCGGGCAGGACAUCCUCUCACAGCAGCGCUACCUGCUCGCGUCCGCCGAGCCAGCCAUCUACAUGUCCGCAGACGAGGACGCCCUGUGGAACGGGUCGCUGGAGCUCGUCGGCACCGGGGACUGCCUCGACGGCAUGGCCGCCGCCUCCGCGGCCUGCAGAAGCUGGGCUGCUCUCCGGACGAGGCGGCCCAGGUGUGCCUCUCCAUGCCCCCGGGCGUGUGCCAGGGCGUCGCCGUGACGCCGAAGGGACGCUUCCAGGGCCUCUGCUACGUCCACGUCGGCACGGAGGACGGAGUGGCCGACCUCGCCGAGCGGGGCUGGCGGAGGUACGAUGCCCCAGAGGGCCAAGAGCUCGCGCCCGCGGGCGCCGCCGUCGCCUCGACCACAGGCGAGCGCGAGCCCGACGACGCGAGGUGCUACGCCUUGCGGGCGGCGUGA